AUGUCUCCUACACCAUUGUAUCCAUCCGUCUCCAGCCCCUCCCAUGCCAAAAAGACUCUAAGACAGAAGCAGAUCGAAGAGUAUUAUGCGGCUGAGAUUUAUCCUCCCAUUAUCGAUGGGCCUGUUGACUACGACUUGCCACAGCUGAAGGUGUACGGCGACCAGAGACCCUGUCCAGAGCUAAUCCUGGACGACUCUGAGAAUGCGCUAAGGCCUCUAGUGGAAGAGUGGUUAGAGAAGCUAAACGCAAUGCUAGAAAGCAUCAACACAGGUGCCAGAAGAGAGAUAAUACACAGCAAUAUGGACAACGUUUUCACAAAUCACGCUGCCUGGAGAGACCACUUAGCUGUUAGUUGGGACCUUCACACAUUUAAUACCCUUGACGACUUGAAGGAUAGGCUCGUGCCAUUCUUAGAAAGCGCGCUAUUGGAAAACGUGAAACUCGACGAUUUAGCGGACUAUCAUUACAAAUAUGGGUUCGGGAAAGUGCUAGUGCACGAGGAGACGUGGGAUCACCCUCCGAUCGAAUGGAUCCAGGUAUAUUAUUCUUUUGAGAAUAAAAUUGGCUACGGAAAGGGUAUCGCCAGGUUGGCCGCGGUCGAAGAUGAACUUACCGGGGAAGCCACUUUAAAAUGCUUUACCUUUUACACUGUAUUGGAGGACUUGAAGGCGUACCCCGAGAAAAUCUUACGUAACCGCCCGGAGGGUGUCAAUCAUGGGCAGCAUGUAGGGCGCCAAUCAUGGUUAGAGCUACGGGCAAAGGAAACUACCUUCGACAGGAACAACCAGCCAACUGUGCUUAUCGUUGGCGGCGGCCAGGGCGGAUUGGCUGUAGCCGCCAGGUUGAAGAGCUUCGGUAUCAGUUCUCUCAUCAUUGAGAAGAAUGCGCGCGUGGGCGACAACUGGCGGAACCGCUAUAAGUUCUUGGUCUUGCACGAUCCGAUCUGGUACGAUGAGAUGCCAUAUUUGCGCUUCCCACCUACCUGGCCGGUGUACACGCCGAAAGACAAGUUGGGUGACUGGUUUGAUGCAUAUGCGAAAAGCUUGGACUUGAAUACCCGCUGCGCGUCUACUGUGACGGGGGCAUCGUUUGACGAAUUGACUGGCAGGUGGAGGGUCGAGGUGACAGAUAAUCUGUCCGGAGGUGUGACGUACUUCGCUCCCAGCCACUUGAUCCUUGCCACAGGUCACUCGGGCGAGCCCCGUCUCCCCAAGUUCAAGGACCAAGAGCUUUUCGAGGGAAAGAUUGUGCACUCUUCGGAGCAUGGCACUGGCGCCGAAUACAAGGGUAAGAGGGCGUUGGUAGUAGGCGGCUGCAACUCCGCGCACGACAUCUGCCAGGAUUUCUAUGAGCAGGGCGCCGACGUCACGAUGCUACAGAGAUCCUCCACAUGCAUCAUCACCGCUACCCACGGCACGAUACACAACAACAGAGGGUUGUACGACGAGGACGGCCCGGUGACGGAGACAGCCGAUCAUAUCUUCCAUUCCAUGCCCAUACACUUGCUAAAUGGUAUGAUGCAGCAGCAGUACCGGGUUUCAUGCCGGGAUGACGAAGAGCUUCUCCGGUCACUUCAGCGGGUCGGUUUCAAGUUGAACGGUGGCUACAACGGCACGGGCUUGUUCGGGCUCUACUUCCGCCAGGGCUCCGGCUACUACAUCGACGUAGGCUGCUCGGGGCUAAUAGCGGACGGGAAGGUCAAGCUCAAGCAGGGCGUCGGGAUCGAACGCUUCCUCAAGAACGGCGUCGUGUUCACAGAUGGCAGCCGCCUAGAGAACAUCGACAUCGUCGUCCUUGCCACGGGCUACACCAACAUGCGGGAGACCGCAAGACGGUUAUUCGGCAACAAGGUCGCGGGCCGCCUAGACCCUGUCUGGGGCCUCGACGAGGAGGGCGAGACCAAAACCAUGUGGCGCAACUCCGGCCACCCCAACUUCUGGUUCAUGGGCGGCAACCUUGCAUUGGCCAGAUACUAUUCCAAGCGCCUAGCGCUCAAGAUCGUUGCCCAGGAGAUGAACAUCUUCUACUAA